ACCCAAAUACAGAGACACGAGAAGAGGCGGGAGAGCUGAGCUGAAGAGAUCAAGAAACACAACCCUAUCUUCUCUUUGAUUUUGGCUUUCAAUCCUCGUAUGGCGUUGCGGCUGAGACCGCCUUAUCUUCCUCUCAGAAUGAUGGCCUCUCGUUUUUACACCCACUCGUCCAUGCAUUCUCUCACUUCUUCUGUUCUCUUUUUCAAACCUAGGGUUGGUUUUCAAUUGAGAAGGGUCUCGAAUCAUUUUUUGAUUCGGAAUGCUGCUUCGCCGAGGGCUUUUAUGUCGUCCAGCAUUGCUACUGACGCUUUUCAGGAAAGUACAAGUUCUAAAGCUUACGGGUCUGAACAGAUUCAGGUAUUGGAAGGCCUAGACCCUGUCAGGAAAAGGCCAGGAAUGUAUAUUGGAAGCACUGGACUUCGUGGUUUGCACCAUUUGGUUUAUGAAAUAUUGGAUAAUGCCAUUGAUGAGGCUCAAGCUGGAUUUGCUUCAAAGGUAGACGUUGUUUUACUUGCUGAUGAUUCUGUAAGCAUCACUGAUAACGGGCGUGGGAUUCCGACUGAGUUGCAUCCAGUCACGAAGAAAUCUUCCUUGGAGACUGUAUUGACGGUCUUACAUGCAGGUGGCAAAUUUGGUGGUGCCAGUAGUGGUUAUAGUGUAUCUGGUGGACUACAUGGUGUGGGCUUAUCUGUUGUUAAUGCCUUGUCAGAGGCAUUAGAAGUUACUGUCUGGCGUGACGGAAUGGAAUACCAGCAGAAAUAUUCCCGUGGAAAGCCUGUAACAUCUCUAACACAUCGCGUGCUUCCAACUGAAUCAACUGAUCUCCAGGGGACACACAUCAGGUUUUGGCCUGAUAAAGAAGUAUUCACUACUGAAAUUCAGUUUGACUACAACACAAUAGCUGGACGAAUUAGGGAGCUUGCUUUUCUAAACCCUGAGCUUGCAAUCACUCUUAGGAAAGAGGAUAAAGAUCCAGAGAAGAAUCAAUAUAAUGAAUACUGCUAUGCUGGAGGAUUAGUUGAGUAUGUGAGAUGGUUAAAUACUGAUAAGAAACCAGUUCAUGAUGUGGUUGGUUUCAGAAAAGUAGCAGAUGGAAUAUCAAUUGAUGUAGCUCUUCAAUGGUGCUCAGAUGCAUAUUCAGAUACUAUGCUGGGAUAUGCUAAUAGCAUACGCACAAUUGAUGGGGGUACUCAUAUCGAUGGUAUGAAGGCUUCUUUGACAAGAACUCUCAAUAACCUUGGGAAGAAGUCGAAGAUUAUUAAGGAGAAGGAUAUUACUUUAAGUGGCGAACAUGUAAGAGAGGGAUUAACAUGUGUUAUCUCAGUAAAAGUUCCAAAUCCAGAAUUUGAAGGACAGACGAAGACAAGGUUAGGAAAUCCAGAGGUGCGCAAAGUGGUUGAUCAGACUGUUCAAGAGUUUCUUACUGAGUACUUGGAGUUGCAUCCAGAUGUUCUUGAUUUGAUUCUUUCCAAAUCUCUAAAUGCUCUCAAGGCAGCUCUGGCAGCAAAGAGAGCAAGGGAAUUGGUUAGACAAAAGAGUGUCUUGAAAUCAUCAUCCCUUCCAGGCAAGCUAGCUGAUUGCUCAUCCACAAAUCCUGAAGAAUCUGAAAUAUUUAUUGUUGAAGGAGAUUCAGCUGGUGGAAGUGCAAAACAAGGUCGUGAUAGGCGCUUUCAGGCUAUUCUCCCUCUGAGGGGUAAAAUUUUGAACAUUGAAAGAAAGGAUGAAGCAGCAAUGUACAAGAGUGAAGAGAUUCAAAAUCUAAUUCUUGGUCUGGGACUUGGAGUAAAGGGAGAGGAUUUUAAAAAGGAAGCUCUCCGUUAUCAUAAAAUCAUCAUCUUAACAGAUGCUGAUGUGGAUGGUGCUCAUAUUCGAACUCUGCUGUUGACUUUUUUCUUUAGAUAUCAGAGAGCUUUAUUUGAUGAAGGCUGUAUUUAUGUUGGUGUUCCACCCCUUUUCAAGGUUGAGAGGGGAAAACAAGUACAUUAUUGCUAUGAUGAUGCAGAACUUAAACAACUUCAGCAUUCCUUUCCUCCAAAUGCAUCAUACAGCAUUCAGAGGUUCAAAGGCUUGGGGGAGAUGAUGCCUGUACAACUUUGGGAAACAACAAUGGAUCCCGAGAGAAGGCUGCUGAAGCAAUUGGUUGUUGAGGAUGCUGCAGAAGCAAAUGUUGUCUUCUCCUCACUGAUGGGUGCUCGGGUUGAUUUUCGUAAGGAACUUAUACAGAAGUCUGCUAGCACAAUGAAGCUGGACCAAUUGGAUAUAUGAGGACAAUUUUGUAGAAGGGGCCAAAUUUUAACACAGUACAACGUAGGACACAGGUGAACCCAAGUGGAAAGGGCCUUAUUUGGUGCACCUGCAAAUUUCCUUGUGAUUUAACUCCUGGUAGCUGUCUACUUGGGGACUGUUUUUACCAUUGCUGUUCAGAUAGUUAUGAUAAUAUAUGGUAACGUGUAUUUUUGGGAAUUAGAGGAGGGAUGUUUUGUGGCACAUCUUUGCAGUAUUCCUUGUAUAGUAUAUGAUGUUUUGAGUUUUCCUUGGAUUACCAAGUGGUGGCACUAGUUGUUCACAAGUUAAAUUAAAUAAUUGAAUUAGCAAAUAUUAGUUAA